AUGGGACUUCCAUACUUCACCAGAGACACUCUGCUCGCACCCAACCAGCUACCAUCAGUCUCGUCCCUCAAUGACACCCUCAACGACACCGUAGCAGACCCGAGCCAGGUAUUCAUACCAGCUGUUUCGAGCGACGACCCAGAGCCGAUAGUCACGAUCCAGACAGAGAUCACCCCAAUUUUCACAGCCUAUGCCACCAGUACCGAGAGCGAUGAAUCCACAAGCAACCUCCGAGCGAGUACGACGCCGCGACCGCUCGCACACUCUGGCACCGUUGCUCCACCCUCCGCCUUCGAUGUCGAGUCAUGCCAUAUCCCUCCAGAGGAAAUCACCGGCCCAUCUCCAGGCACGGGAAUCAUCACCGCGCCGCCAGAAAUGACACCAGGAGGCUCGAGGCCAAAAAAGGAACCUCCACAGCAACCAUCUCAGUUGCUAGACAGCAACGUAGGCGGUACCAGUUCGCCUCCCGACGGCAUGCCAAUGCAAAGACGUGUCCGUUUCGAAACGUCAGAUACCCCACCGCCUGAGUGGCCGCCGCGGACGAGAGGCGCGACGGCGACAGCUAUUGCGACGAAUGCUUAG